AUGCCGCCAGCGGCGGAUUUAGCCACCAUUCGUCCCCUCGGCCGUCCCGGCACAGCUCCCUUCGCCAGAACCACCAGGCACACCCACAGCAGAACAGCUACAACAACAACCACCACCAGCCAGCAGCAGACGUCUUCCGCCCGCAACGAGUAUGCCCGCAAGAACGCAGUGACGCAAAAGCACCAGAGCCAGCGCCACAGCAGCAAGAGCGGCAAGCAGAACAACUCGAACCAGCGGCCUCACGCCAGGUCGGACGCAGCGCAGUCCAAGUCGGAAGACGAGCAGCAGCAGCAGCAGCAGCAGCAGCAGCAGACAGUUCCGAACAAGAAGUCGGGCGGCCGUGGCUCGCGCAAAGCAGAACAAGCAGCACGGCAAGGUCACUCUUCUGACAAAGUCGGCGUCGGAGGGCGAGCAGCAGGCGAUGCUGUCCAAGUUUGCCGAGGGGCAGUCGAAGCGCAGCCGCCGUCGGCAGGCGUCGCCACCGCGGGAUGA